UUGGCUGUCGGUGAUAAUCGGAGGACCGGAGGGAGGCGAGAGGGCACAGGACAGCAUGUUUACAGCUACUUCCACACAUAAUUAGUUGCCCUGAACGGUUUACGCGCUUUAUUUGUUUUUCACUUCCUCGUUUCGGAGGCGGUCGUCGACAAUGUUGUUGUGCCGCACGGGGAGGCUGUCUACAGCGGCUCUGGAUCACGCUUUUAAGUCAACGCGCUCGUUUCUAGUGCAAGUCAGAGCGGACAGACUGAGGGACGGCACUUUGACAUUACGCAAGGGUUACACGUUUCAGCGGUACCGGUGUUUCUGCGUGUCCGUCGGGGGUGUCGAUGCACCUCUUGCGCGACCGGGGAAACAACAACAGGACCGGGACUCGCCGUGUGCUUCUGACUGGGGACACUUGGACCGGGUGGCUACUAAACACGUGAAUCUCUCGACACGCGUGCAAAGUGAAGGCGGUUACAUAGAUGUUAUCACGCAGCCGCUCGUGCACCCAAAGAGGCGCCGCAGCGGAGGACUGGUGGGUAAUGGUUCGUUUACAGGUGACUGGGGGGGGUUCGGUCGACUCUGCUCCGCUGGGACAAUGCAGACCCGAGCCUUAUCCACGAAGAAGAGCGACGCCGGAGAGGAGCAGACGGCUAACGACAAAGGGGGCGAGAAGAAUUUAAAGGAGGCCUCUUCUACCUCCUUAUCUACAGCGAAGGCCUCGGGGGAGCCGGAGCCAGAGGGAGGGAAACCGAACAAGACCCAGCAGCUAAAGAAAGUCUUCAAGGAAUAUGGAGCGGUGGGAGUUUCCUUUCACAUCGUGAUCUCCCUUAUGUCCCUGGGAAUGUUCUACCUCCUUAUAUCCAGUGGGAUCGAUAUGGCGGCUGUGCUGUGCAAAGUGGGCUUCAGCGAGGUGGUCGUUCGGUCUAAAAUGGCAGCGGGAACCAGCACGUUCGUCCUGGCCUACGCCAUCCACAAGCUCUUCGCUCCGGUUCGCAUCAGCAUGACUCUGGUGUCCGUGCCUCUCAUCGUGCGCUACUUCAGAAAGACUGGUCACUUUAAACCACCCACACCUGCACCUUAAUGAACCGCCUCUACUCCUCUGCUGCCUCAUCGAGCCACACACAUCCUCACUGUUAAUAGCCAUAAUUAAAAAAACGCCUGUGUGUAUCCUUACUCAUUUGCCUUCAUCUCGAAACAACUCGCCUUUCAUCAGUCAUUGUGGGUUCAGGUGAAACAUUUGUAGUUCCAGUAGAGUCAAUGUGUUCAGUUGCGUUACUGUAGGAUUACGAAGUCUGAAGUAUAACGCAUCUUUGUGAAACAAAGUGUACUUGGGGUCAUGUUUUAAUGCGUGUGCAUUCCAAAAAAACAAACGAAAGCUGAAAAAGCUCAAAUAUUUAUUUACAAUCAGAGGUGUGAUCAGGGAUUUUAAGCUCUUCUCGGUGGGCGGGUUUGUCCCUUAAUGCUGUGAAGGUUCAAUGUGGAAGAAGCUGAUCUCUCCUCCACUGUUCCCCGGUAGCUGACUGGGCCGUGUUCUGGUGUUAGGUGAAUCAGCAGAAUAAUUCAGGUUCUCUCUCUCUGUCUCCUACCUCGCUCUUCUAUCUUUACUUGGCUCAGACUCUCCUACGCUGUUUUGAUUUCCUGCUGUUGGUUUGCUUCCCUGCUGGUUUUCCGCUUAACAGCUCUCCUAGCAACUAUUGUCUUCUUAUAUCCCUUUGCUGUGCCUCUCUAUCUUCUCCUCUUGUUCUUUAAUUUAGCAAAUGCCACUGCCCAAUGUUGACUACAUUCAUCUCCGAGUGAAGCUGAUUGUAGUUCACCUCAAGCUUUGGAUGAAGAAUGUUGGUUUGUGAGGGCUUUUUUCUGAUUGAAUGGACUGUAUUUAACGAUUAAAAACAGAAGCGCUCUC